AUGGUUUUCCUCUUUGACCUCCACCUAGAGCCUCAACUGAAACCAGCUCCUCUGGAUUACCCACUGAUAUCAAAGUACCCUUGUGGUGCUGAUGCCGAUGAGAAGUGCAAGGCUAAAUGGCAACGCCUGUUUGAUGAAUAUGGUAGAGGAACGACAAUGUACCGGACAGUUGAUCUUCAUCGACUUUUGCUAGAAGGCGUACCGCUGGACCUUCGUGGAGAGAUUUGGAUGAUAUGUUCGGGUGCGCUUGCGGAAAUGAAGUUACAUCCUGGCUACUAUGAAGAGCUGUUACGUAAGCACGAAUCCGUAUAUACGGUUGCAUUGGACGAGAUUGAAAGGGAUUUGUAUCGAAGUCUCCCAGAACAUCCAGCAUUCCAAAACAACGAAGGUAUCGAUGCGUUGCGUAGAAUUUUGACCGCUUAUUCGUUUAGGAAUCCUAAUAUUGGGUACUGUCAGGCUAUGAACAUAGUGAGCUCUGUAUUGUUAUUGUAUGUGAAAGAAGAAGAGCAGAUUCUGUGGUUUGUUAGUGGCGAUAUCGCCUCGCCAAAGCUAAAAUUCGGACGCGCCGACGCCGCAGUUCGGAUAUUGGACCUGUUCUUCUACGAAGGAGCGAGGUUGAUGUUUCAAGUGGCUAUGGAAAUGCUACGCGAGAACGAAUCGAUCAUCUGCAAAUCAAAAGAUGAUGGUGAAACCCUUUUGGCGUUGUCAGCCUAUGCAGAUCGUAUCCAUGAAGGAACGUCUGAAGAGAGUGGAAAGAUCUCUGUGAGUGCCCUAUUGACGAAUUCGUAUCGCAACUUUGGUUAUUCGUUCACGAAUGAACAGAUCGAAAGGCUACGGUUGAAACAUCGUCUAAAAGUCGUGCAGACGUUGGAGGAUAGCCAAAUGAGGAGUAUAAUAAGAAGUGUGGGAAAAGAAUGUAAAUUCACCCAGGAAGACUUGGAAACUCUCUACAACAUCGUGAAGGUAAGUGAUAGUCUAACAACCGCGAUGGCGCAGCGGUUGAAAGCGCUGUGUUAA